UUUCAUGUACCUAUUCAGCUCUCAUCUUUGAUGGAAGCGCCAACCCCGCCCAUCCCAAGCACAUUGGCACCAUCGACCCUGACUGCGCCGUGACGGAGGUGGUAAAAGAUGCUUUUGAUAGCUCCAAGAUGCUCUGUGAACAGUACUACCUGACCUCGCCAGAGAUUGACCUCACACAAGUCAACGCCAAAGGUCCUGACCAGCCUCUUCGUAUUGUCUAUGUUCCUUCCCAUCUCUACCACAUGCUGUUUGAGCUCUUCAAGAACGCCAUGAGAGCAACAGUGGAGACUCAUGAAAUGGCCCUGCAUCUCCCGCCGGUCAAAGUCCGAGUCUCACUGGGCAGUGAGGACCUAACAAUCAAGAUAUCAGAUCGAGGAGGCGGAGUUCCCCUGAGGAAGAUAGAGCGUUUGUUCAGUUACAUGUACUCCACCGCCCCCAGCCCCGUCGAUAUUGACAACAGCCGCAAUGCACCACUGGUAACACCCUGUCCUGGUGCCAUUUAAACUAUAUAGUUGAAUAGUGCAUUCGGAAAGUAUUCAGAGCUUGACUUUUUUCACAUUUUGUUACGUUACAGGCUUAUUCUAAAAUGUCUUAAAUCAUUUUUUCCGUCAUCAAUCUACACAUAAUACCCACAUAAAUAACAUCCAUCUGAUGCAUCUGAAUGUGGGAAGACUCAUCAUGUGACCAGCUUGUGAUAGAGCCCAGUCCUCAUAACCUAGCUUACUACUCCACUCUGUGGUCCAUCAACAGGCAUUUUUUUAUGUAUUUUUUAUUUA